UAAAUGUUUCAUAUAUUCUUUGUAGAUUUCCAAUUGCUCUGUUGUUUCACCAUUUUUUUUAUUGCAUGAUAUCUGUUAUGACAUUUGGGUUCUAACUGGUUUUGUCUAUUUGUUGUUGAUGGAUGGUACCUUCCAGAACUAUAUCACCAAUUCAGGAAACAAGAAGAAUUCAUGGGAAGUAGACUCUGAUCCACAGGGAGGAAAAGCAGCUUCAUUUGGAGGAGCGGUUGUUCAGGACCUCUUCCGAUAAUUGGUGCAUCAUAAAUGAUGGAACAAAUGCUCCUACUAUUGUCAUGGGAGUGAGUGGGAAACCGUCCGAACUUCUUGAGCUUAAACUUGUAUUGCAAGAUAAGGUUCCUGUGGUCAGAAGAUUUACUGGGGGUGGCACUGUCGUUGUUGAUCCUGGGACCAUUUUUGUGACUUUUAUAUGCAACAAGGAUGCUGUUCCUAAUGUAGAACUAUAUCCACGCCCCAUCAUGUCUUGGAGCGGUCUGAUCUAUGAAGAUGUGUUUCGAGGGAUUGCUGAUUUCCAUCUCCGUGAGAAUGAUUAUGUUUUUGGGAACUACAAGUUCGGUGGAAACGCUCAAUCUAUAUCAAGAAGACGGUGGAUUCACCACACUUCCUUUUUAUGGGAUUACGAGGACAAGAAUAUGGCUUACCUAAAAGUACCAAGACGGGCUCCUGAAUAUCGAUCAGCAAGGAGUCAUGUAGAAUUCGUUUGCCGUAUGAAAGACUAUCUGUCGACAUUAGAUUUCAUCGACAGAACUGUUAAGGCUGUCAAGACUCAUUUCUCGUUGACAUCCAUGCAAUUGGAAGAAGUCAAUAUUCAUGCCAAGACAUCAUUUGACCAUUCCAGCAAGUUGCUGACACAGGCAGAACUGGAGGCAGCUUUUGCAACUCAGAUGAACUUAUAUGGGGAGAGCACUGGAUUGAAUCAGGUACAGGUAGGUUUGAAACACAUUCAAUCUAACUGAAGACAACUCUGUUAAGAUGGUCUGAUCAUAGCCCUGAAAAUGGAAUUGCUACUCACCAUUCUCUUGUAAUAAAAUUAGCAAUCAGAAGGCUGUCUCCCUCUA